AUGCUGACCAAAAGUGGGCGGAAGGUGACCCUACUUGAGGGCACUGACGACAUCGGUGGUCACUCCAAAACUUGGGUGGAGCCUGUGGAUGGAGGCGACUUGCCCAUCGACAUCGGCUUCAUUUUUAACAACGUUCACUACUACAAGUACAUCAACUUCACCACCUACUUUGAUUACCCUUUGCACGACACGGCACUCAAUACCUCGGGAGCCUUCAAUGGCAGCGCCUUGGCGGUCCUUGUUUCACCGAACCGGGUCGUCGCAUGGACGUCGAGGCAUGGUCGAGGAACCGCCAGCGCCGGCCAUCGCCUAGGGGCCUCCCUCCCUGCACAAAGCCUAACAAAGCCUCGUAAAGAUUGA